AUGGAUGGAAAUCAUCAGAGUCCUACACGAUUUAAUGUUAACAGAGUGACCGACAACCAUGAUACAAAUGCAGCUUUUCAAGAAACCAGUGAUGCCCCUCCACAUUAUGAAGAAACAUCAUUUGCAGAUGGGAAAAGUGGGCACAGGAUAAGUUUCAGACCUGAUGACAGAGCUGUAUACAGCAGCAUCAUUCACAAUGAAGGUGGAUUCCAUCCUUAUGACACCAUUUCCAAUCCCUAUUAUCUGCAAACAUUUGGUCACAACACCAUGGACCCAGUGCCCAGGAUUGAUUUCUACAGGAACGCAGGCAGUGUCAGUGGAGACAAAAUCGCCAGGCCGACCCUGGAAGAUCUUCAUGAAGUAUUCAGAAAAAAUGUUUCAGCUGCAGCCCCAAGUUGCCCAGAUCAGGCAGCCAAUAGGGAUGGAGAACCUACAGAUGAAGAAGCGGCAAAGAAGGAAGAAACCCAAGGUGGAUUUGUGAAGUUCGGCUGGGUGAAGGGGGUGUUGGUAAGAUGCAUGCUGAACAUUUGGGGAGUGAUGCUCUUUAUUCGUCUCUCAUGGAUUUUCGGCCAAGCUGGUAUAGGUCUGGGAGUCAUCGUCAUUGGCUUAAGCGUGGUAGUCACUACCCUAACAGGUUUAUCUAUGUCUGCUAUUUGCACCAAUGGAGUUGUCAGAGGAGGGGGUGCUUAUUAUCUCAUAUCCAGAAGUUUAGGACCAGAGUUUGGUGGGUCUAUAGGUCUGAUUUUUGCAUUUGCAAAUGCAGUGGCUGUAGCCAUGUAUGUCGUGGGGUUCGCUGAGACCGUUGUGGACCUUCUUAAAGAAAGUGAUGCAUUGAUGGUGGACGUGACGAAUGAUAUCAGAAUAGUUGGAUGCAUUACAGUGGUGUUGCUACUUGGGAUCUCUUUAGCUGGAAUGGAAUGGGAGGCAAAGGCUCAGGUUCUUCUACUGGUAAUUCUGCUAGUCGCUAUUGGUAACUUCUUUGUGGGAUCAGUCAUCCCCACCAAUGAAGAAAAGAAAGCCAGAGGAUUUUAUAAUUAUGACGGCUCUAUAUUUGCAGAAAACUUUGGACCCGACUUUAGAGAUGGAGAAGGCUUCUUUUCUGUUUUUGCCAUCUUCUUCCCAGCAGCUACAGGCAUUCUUGCCGGAGCCAACAUCUCUGGUGAUUUAGAGGAUCCACAAGCCGCUAUCCCCAAAGGAACAAUGUUGGCUAUUUUCAUAACAACCAUUACCUACCUUGCUGUUGGUAUUUGCGUAUCUGCCACUGUUGUGCGAGAUGCGACUGGCUGUCUUAAUGAUACCAUUACCCCUGGGAUGACAUGUAAUGGCUCGGCAGCCUGUUCUCUGGGUUAUGACUUCUCAUCCUGCAAGACUGAAUAUUGUGACUUUGGUCUAAUGAACAACUUCCAGGUUAUGAGCAUGGUAUCUGGAUUUGGUCCUCUCAUAACUGCAGGGAUUUUUUCCGCUACCCUGUCCUCAGCCUUGGCUUCACUCGUUAGUGCACCAAAGGUGUUUCAGGCUCUUUGCAAAGAUAACAUCUACAAGGCACUCCACUUCUUUGCUAAAGGGCACGGCAAGAACAACGAGCCUCUCAGAGGAUAUGUUCUGACCUUCAUUAUUGCUGUUGCAUUUAUUCUGAUUGCUGAACUGAACACAAUUGCUCCCAUCAUCUCCAACUUCUUCUUGGCUUCAUAUGCCCUCAUCAACUUUUCUUGCUUCCAUGCUUCCUAUGCCAAAUCACCAGGUUGGAGACCGGCUUAUAAGUAUUACAAUAUGUGGGUGUCGCUGUUUGGAGCCAUGCUGUGCUGUGGGGUGAUGUUUGUCAUCAACUGGUGGGCGGCUUUGAUCACCUAUGCCAUUGAGAUCCUCCUCUAUAUUUAUGUAACGGUCAAGAAGCCAGAUGUGAACUGGGGAUCAUCCUCCCAGGCUAUUACUUUUGUUAAUGCUCUGAAUGACGCGCUUGUUUUAACGGCGGUGGAUGACCACGUGAAAAACUUCAGACCGCAGUGUAUCGUGUUGACAGGAGAUCCAAAGACUAGACCGGCUCUGUUUGAUAUUGCCCAUUCAUUCACCAAGAACUAUGGGCUCUGCAUUACCAGUAAAGUGUUUGUUGGGCCACGAAUACAGACAGUGAAAGAAAUGAACAGCUCCUUGGAGAAGAACCAGACCUGGCUGAACAGCAAAAAAAGGAAAGCUUUCUAUGCAGCAGUGGCCUGUGAUAACUUCCGCGAGGGAGUUAGGAGUCUUCUUCAAGCUUCAGGUGUUGGUCGCAUGAGACCUAAUACACUGGUGAUUGGAUUCAAAAGAGACUGGAGAAAUUCUAGACCCAAGGAUAUAGAGAACUAUGUUGGUGUUUUACACGAUUCGUUUGAUUUCGAGUAUGGAGUAGUGAUGGUAAGGAUCAGCCAAGGGUUUGACGUCUCUCAGGUUCUGCAGGUGCAAGAGGAGCUGGAGAGGCUGGAGCUGGAGCGGCAGGCACUCGAGGCUGCCAUUGAUGAGGAGGAGUUUAAAGAGGGAAAGCAUGGGAUCCAUGGCCUGUUCAACAAAGCCAGCAAGUUUAAAAUGUCUAAGCCAGAAUCAAAAGAGAACACCAUGAAGUCAGCUCAAUCAAUGCAUGUGGGAGACAUUAACCAAAGGCUUAUGGAGGCAAGCACACAGUUCAAAAAGAAGCAAGGCAAAGGCAACAUUGAUGUGUGGUGGUUGUUUGAUGAUGGCGGCUUGACACUGCUGAUCCCCUACAUCUUAACAACAAGAAAGAAGUGGAAAGACUGCAAGAUUAGGGUCUUUAUGGGUGGAAAGGCCAACCGUAUUGAUGAAGACAAGGCAGCAAUGAUUUCACUACUGAGCAAAUUCAGAAUACAGUUUGUUGACCUUUAUGUUGUCGGAGACAUCAACACUAAACCAACCAAGGAGAGCUGGAAAUUCUUUGAAGAAAUGAUUGAACCCUAUUGUCUCCAUGAAUGCUCCAAAGACCCUGCAACAGCUGACAUGCUGAAGAAGGAAAGCCCUUGGAAAAUCAUGGAUGCAGAGCUGGAAUUGUGCAAGGAAAAGAAUCGUCGGCAGGUUCGCCUCAAUGAACUGUUACAGGAGAACUCCAGAGCAGCUAACCUCAUCAUUAUGAGCUUGCCUAUAGCUAGAAAGGGGGCUGUCUCUGAUUACCUAUAUAUGGCCUGGCUGGAAAUUCUUACAAAGAACCUGCCUCCCAUCAUGCUGGUCAGAGGCAAUCACAAGAGUGUGCUGACAUUCUAUUCUUAA